UCAAUUGUUACCCUUUAUAAUCAAUGAUCCAAUGCAAUAUUUAUUUAACACAUAAAAAUCUCAACAAUAUUUUGUAAAUAUGUAUAAAAUUUUUUUUAGCUUUGUUAUAUAGCUUUAUUUACUGGAGGAGGGGUGUGUGUGUGUGACAAAUUACCAGAACAUGUAAAACUUAAUCCAAAGCAUGUGACAAUUUUGUGAAUCGCCUAAGCUCAUAACAUUGUAUGUGUACUGGUAUGUCUUUACAUUCUAACCUGCAGACAAAGACAAGGACAGGUCAGGUACAGCAAAACUAUUAUGUCUGACACCUGUCUCCUGUACCUGAAUUCACCUGACAACAUGCUGUCUUCUUCAAAUUAUAUGUUUCUCUUUCUCAUAAAUUCAGUUUGUUUUAAUUAUCUGUAAAUCGUUUUCUUGAUGAGUAAUUAAAUUAUCACAAGUAUAAGAAACUUAUAAAAUAAGGAAUAUAUAUACAUUCCUAUACUCUACUGUUUUAGAAAUGAAGAACAUAUCAGAAAGUGAAAAAUGAAAUAAAUUUACCUGAGAGUGGUAUAAUUAAGGUGUCUGAAUACUCCUCACAAAUUGUUUUCAAACUGGGGAAGGAAUCCUGGUAUAAUACCAUUAUAUUGGUGGUACAUCUGCACUAAAAGGGACCAUGCAGUGCUACUUUUUUUUAGAUCUAAGAGAUUUCCAAACUCCACAGAAAACCAUGUGGAGAAAAGUAGUUUGGUGGAGUUUUCUUCUUGGGUCAGUCUCAACUGUGCAAGCUAACACACUGUGUCCCAGUGGAAGCCCUUUUAUUGUCAAAAAGUGCUCAAAUGAUAGCGCAUGUUCCACUGUGUCGGAAUAUUGUCACCAGGGCACCUGCUGUCCCAAAGAUCAUGUUAAUACAGCUCAAGCCCGUUGUUCCUAUGAUGCCAUGUUCGUACCACAGACAGAGUGUAAAGCUGAUCCCAAUGUCUGUCGGGCGGGGGAUAUAUGUGAUCCAGUGACAAAGUGGUGUUGUCCCCCUUUGAGAGAAAAGCGUUGUCCAGAAGGAUACCAGGUUCAGACAUUUUGUCGGAAUGGUGAGGCUUGUCCCGGAGGCAUGGAUUGUAUAGAUGGCUCAUGUUGUCCUGUUCCCUUGAACUCAGGCCCAGUCUUUACUUGCCCAGGAGGUAAUCCUGUGAUCAUAAAGUCCUGUGCUAAAAAUGAAUCCUGUUCUCAGACAGAGUUCUGUCAUCUAGGAACAUGCUGUCCCAGCGCAAUCAACAAGAAAACAGGAGACUGUCCUGCGGUUGCUGAUGGUGUCUUUGGUAUAUGUGUGGAGGAGUGCUCUAAUGAUGCUGCCUGUGACAGUGAUCUGAAAUGCUGCUCCAAUGGAUGUGGUCACACAUGUCAAAAGCCUACAAUCUUGAAGACUGGUAAGUGUCCUGCGAGCCUGAACAGACUGGGUGGGCUCUGUAUUGGACAGAAGGAUGUGCCCAGCUGUAAGAAUGACCAGGACUGUCCAGGAAAGGAGCUGUGUUGUAGGAGUGAAUGUGAGGUCAAUGUCUGCUCCUCACCAGAAGAAAAAACACCAUGCCAGAGAGAGCUGGAGGCUGCCACCAUACAGGUGUUGUCCCAAGUAGACAGUUGUAACCCAGUAUUCAUACCCAGGUGUGACUCAAAUGGGAACUUUCACAGAACUCAGUGCUAUGAUCAUAAUGGAAUGUGUUUUUGUGUUUUCCCUAAUGGAACAAAAAUUCCUGGAACUGAAGAAAGGGGAAAUCCCGAUUGCUCUCGAGCAACUAAACCAGGAGUUUGUCCUCACUACACCACUCUGCCAGCUAUAGAUCUUCGGUGUAUGGAGACCUGUCAAUCAGAUGACAGUUGUCAAGGUGACCAGAAAUGCUGUUCUAAUGGGUGUGGCUACCAUUGUAUGGGACCUGUGGGCCACAAUAGUGUGACAACCAGGAGAAAAAGAAAUGCUCAAGCCCGUUGUUCUUAUGAUGCCAUGUUCGUACCACAGACAGAAUGUACAGCUGAUCCCAAUGUCUGUCGGGCGGGGAAUAUAUGUGAUCCAGUGACAAAGUGGUGUUGUCCUCCUUUGAGAGAAAAGCGUUGUCCGGCAGGAUACCAGGUCCAGACAUUUUGUCGGAAUGGUGAGGCUUGUCCUGGAGGCAUGGAUUGUAUAGAUGGCUCGUGUUGUCCUGUUCCCUUGAAUUCAGGCCCAGCAAUGUUAAGCUACUCCUGUACGGCAGAUGGUAUGGUGACAUCAACAAGGUGUGACCUAGAAGGAGGCUGUACUGGUGCCUUUCAUUGUGAAAGUGGCUUCUGCUGUCCCACCAGGCUGAACGAUGGAGAACAUGUUUGUCAAGUGGACAGCUACAGGAGUACACAGCGCUGUGAUUCAGAAGGAGGCUGUGCCAGCGGCUCCCACCAUUGUGAGAGUGGAUACUGCUGUCCUACCAGGCUGAAUGAAGGACACGUUUGUCAAGUAGAUAGCUACAGAAGUACACAGCGCUGUGAUUCAGAAGGAGGCUGUGCCAGCGGCUCCCACCAUUGUGAGAGUGGAUUCUGCUGUCCUACCAGACUUAAUGAAGAACAUGUUUGUGAAGUGGACGGCUACAGGAGUACACAGCGCUGUGAUUCAGAAGGAGGCUGUGCCAGCGGCUCCCACCAUUGUGAGAGUGGAUACUGCUGUCCUACCAGGCUGAAUGAAGGCACAAUAUGUUUAUACCGCCGUUACAUAGCAACCUCUGUGACCUACAUAGGGUCAGUUGCCUCGGGAACCAUGCCUUCUGUGGAGGCAUGCAAGGCAGCCUGCGACCGUGACACAAUUAGCGAUUGCAUCGGGGUCGUGUAUCAAGAUAAUACUGACAAAUGCACAAAGUUUCCCGACACAAGUCAUUUAACAAAAGUGGCCAGUGCCAACUCUGAGUUCUAUGAGAGGCAUUGCCAAUUUUCAGCAGGACUGUGCCCAGACCAGGACAAUGUGCUACUGUCGGACGGAGUCCCCAAGACCUGCUAUGUGGACACCGACUGUGAGGUCAACAGCUUCGGCUGUAUCAAGGGUCACUGUUGUCCCAAAGGUCAAGUCAGCACUGUGCCACCAGUAGUGACAACCUGCUCCAAUGGGGCAAAUCCUGCUAAAAAUGUGAAUGGAUUCACUAAGACAUGUACAGUGGCAAGUGACUGUGGAGAACCAGCUACCUGCGAGAACCAGAUUUGCUGUCCAGCUCCUAUACAGGAAGAGCUUUGUCCAAACAAAAGCUUGCCUUUGAUGGAGAAUGGCAAACCCAAAGCUUGUAUGGGCAUUCUGCAGUCGGAGUGCGGCAGUUCUGGAGACUAUACCUGUAAAGGGACUGGAGACUCCAAAUACUGCUGUCCUGCCAGGCUGAAUAACAAUGAGCUUUGUCCUAACAAAGGGAUGCCUUUGCUGAACUCUGCAGGGAAUGCCCAGAGAUGUGCGUCGACCAUGGAUUGUGGAGAUGGUACCUACAGCUGCCAGAGCUCCAAUAUUGAUGGCUACAAGUACUGCUGUCCCGCCAAACUGCUCAUCACUGAAAUGUGUCCAAACAUUGGGUAUGUUUUGGUCCAUGAUGGACAUCCAAAGAGGUGUAGCCUGGACUUUGAGUGUAUCAGCUCCAGUGGAGAGUUCUCCUGUGUGAAGAAUUACUGCUGCCCCAAGGACCCUAGUCAGGCUGUGUGCCCCAACAAUGGAGGACUGCUGUUGGAUGAGGCACAGCAACCUAAACUCUGCAUGGAGAUUAUUGAGUGUCAGGGAUCAGGAAAGGGAGCCUACUUUUGUAAUAAUGGCUACUGCUGUCCCGAGUCAGGUUCUCUUGCUGUGUGCCCCAAUAAUGAGAAGAUGAAGCUGGUUAAUGACAAGGCAGUGACUUGUGUCCAUGAUGCAGACUGUGGAGAGACCUUGUGGUCGUGUCAGGGGGGACAUUGUUGUUCCCGCCCAGUCAAUACAGUUUGUCCAAAUGGAACUGCCCCUAUGUGUUGCAAGCUAGAUUUGUGUGUUCAGAAUUCUUGUCCAUCAAAUCCAACCGCCAAGUGUCGAAUUAAUCCGUGUGGCGGGUGUAAAGUGGAAUUCUAUGAUGACAAAAAUACCCCUGUAGAUUGUGAUUCAGCUUUAUCCAGAUGUGAAAAGUUGAGAUUAAAGGCCCUAACAGUUAAUGCCUUCUGGAUGGAUACUGAUGUGGAAUAUUCCAGAAUGUAUCUUGGACAAUUGGAAUCACAGAAUGUUCAGGAUAACAGUUUGCAAGUUGCAGAAAGGGUGAUAUCCUCAGGUAAGCCCGGGGAGUGUAUGGGUCUGUCUCCCACAGCUGUCAGGGGUUUAAUCAACGACUGUACGACUGAUGAAGACUGUCCCAGCACCAGUAAAUGCUGUCUCAACAAGUGUCAGGUCCCCAUUAACAUUUUACCGCGACAGAAUGCAUGCGAUUUGCUCCCAGUGGCCGGCCCCUGUAAGGGCCGCAUGGUCCGCUAUUUCUUCAAUUCAGCCAACAAGCAGUGCCAACAGUUUGUGUAUGGUGGUUGUCAAGGAAACGAUAAUAACUUUGGGUCUCAAGAAGCCUGUGAGAGAGCCUGCUCUGCCGCUGGACUUCCACCCCAGUGCUUGCCUGCUCCAGACCCUGGGAGAUGUAAGGCCCAGAUUCCAAUGUACUUCUACAACAUCACCAGCAAUCGAUGUGAGAAGUUUGAUUAUGGAGGCUGUGAUGGGAACAGAAACCGGUUCUUGACCCUGACACAGUGCCUCAGUACAUGCAGUUCAAAGGAUGUACAAGCUGGGCCUUGUGAGAAAAUACGAUGUGCAGCUGACACCAUUUGUUUGCCUGUCAGUGGUACCGAAGCCAAGUGCAUAUCUGACAAAGUUCCCCCAGUUGUGGAUGGGAACUUCGUCCCAGACUGUCUGGAGAAUGGUGACUUUGCCGAGAUGCAGUGCUUGGGUUCUCUGUGCUGGUGUGUGGAUGUUCAUGGGGACAUGAAACCCAACACUAUGAGAGUGGGGAAGCCACCUUGCUACAAAUCGGUUUCAGGGGUCACAGGUGCUGAUGAAAUUUCCAAAGUACCAGUGUGUGCUGAUGGCAGUGCUCCAAUGCUGUGUGAUAAGAAUGAGUGCAGGACAGCUAAGUGUGAGGGUCGGAAGGACGCCACCUGUGUGGUGGACCCCUGUAACAAAUGUCAGGUCUCCUUCAGGGACUCCAACAACAAACCAGUCACCUGUGAAGUCGACAAAUGUUCUCUGAAGAUUCCUAUUUCUGCAUCUCGGAAUAAGCAAGGCUGUGGAAAUUUGGUUCAGCGCUGGGUGCAUGAUGCAAACACUGGAAAAUGUGAACACUUUCUGUUCUCUCCUUGUGAUGGAGAAGAUGUGUAUUAUACGAGUCAGUGGGAGUGUAGAUCCAAAUGUAUAGGUACCAUCUGUGAUGGUAAAGGUCCCAAGAGUUGCAGCACUAGUUGUACUGAUCAGGUGUGUCGUCGAUUUCCGGCCGCUCAGUGUCAGGUACACCCCUGUACCUGUGAUGUGGUCUUCUAUGACCUGGUCUCCAAUGUACCUGUAGACUGUGAUUCAGUCACUCCACUAUGCCAGCUGAGACGAUCACAGGAAAAACGGAAAGCUUUGAUGCAGGAGAUGGACAGCUCUAAGGUGUCAGAGUCGGUGCCCAUCUCUGUGUGUGAUGCCAAGGGGGAGUUUACUCCACAACAGUGUGACACAAAAGCAAAGAAAUGCUGGUGUGUGGAUGGCCUGGGGAACCAGCUUCAGGGAUCAGAAAGAAUUGGAACCAGUCCAGGACAGGACAUUGGUUGCAAGCAGAAUAAAACCACUUCAGCAGUGGUAUCUUUGUUAUUCAACUUGGAUUAUAAUGUGUAUGUCCAAAGCAAAGAAGACAAGCUAAAACAGGUUGUGAUGGCAAAAUUAAAGGAAAUAUCUCCAAAGAUGGUUCAAUAUGUCAAGUCAGUGAAGAUAAGGAAGGGCAGUGUGUAUGUUGAUGUUGAGUUCGGACAAACUAUGGCUUCUACAGAACCAGUGGACAUUGGGAGCCUGGUGAAUGUCCUGGAGAACGAGGUAUACAGCGGACUGGACAUGAGAUUUGAGGGCCAGACUAUAACAGCGGAGCCCUCCGUGUCUUCCUCUUUUACCUUCCAAGCUCAGACGGCAGGAGAUGUGUCCAAAUCUCCAGCAGACGGGAGCAACGACAGCCAGACAACAACCAUUGUUGUUGUUGUUGUUAUCUGCGCUGUUGUUUUAAUCGCCAUACUGGUGUUCUUUGUUAUUCGUAAAAGGAGAAGUCAAGAAAAGGCAUUUUCAAACCUUAAUACAAGUGAUCCUGAAGGAAGUCCCAUAAAACAGAAUUCAGUGUAUUACCAAAACAAGGCUUGUGACAGAAAAUAAUCCCUAAAGGGGAGCAACUCUUCAGAAAUCCAGGAAAUCCAGGAAAUCCAUCAUUGUUUGAGACCACCUUGGAAGUCAUCAUUUUGCUCAUAAUGUGCUAUGUAUAUUUUUCACAUGAUUGUAAAUGAAGUUUAUUAUAUUGGAUUUUUCAUGAUGAGAAGUAAGAUUCUGAAAUAGAGAAUUUAACUAAGGGAAAAACACAAAAAUUAUAAAUGAUAAUUUUUAUUUAUUAAAUGAAAAUUACCAUAUAUAUACAAUGUAACUUAGGUAACAUAUGACUCAAUAUAUGAAAUAAAUAGAUAAAAUAAAAUGCAUUAUUAUAUUAAGAAAUAAAUCAAAGAAGUGCAAGUUAAUACACUUUUACAGAUAAAUAAUAUGUUGAUGUCAAAAUUAUUUUGUGUUCAAUUUAUGAAUAUGAAAUAGUUCUUCUAAAGAGCAUUUAAUGGUUAAAAUAUCCGUUUGUAUCAACAGCCUGCCAUGAUUUAAUUGGAAUUUAAAAUGUCAGCAUCUGUUAUGCGUAAUAAGAAGUAGGCUUGAAGCUUAUACUGAAGUGCAUCUACUUAUUUAUAAUUAGAGCUACCAAGUUUUAGCUCUGACAGUUUUCAAACAAUGAACAAAUUUACAUUUGAACAAGAAACAAUAGCUACUUUGAUUCUGUUUUGUUUUGUCUUAUUACAGGCAAAUUUCAUUUUUUGACAAAAUAUUCAUUGAUUCAAGUAUAUUACAGUAUAUACAUGUAAACUUAAAAGAUAUUUCAUGACAUUUUUGACAAUUUUAGUAUCAAAAUAUACACAAGUUGUUUGUAUAAUAAGCUUUACAGCACUUAUAACAAUUUAUAAAUUCUUGUGCUAGACAUGUACUUUGUAGCUUUUGUACUUUUCUAUCUCUUUGUGAUGUUUAAAUCGUUUACAUUCCCUACCAAAUUGUUAGAUUUUGUGUUGUAAAUAUGGACAUCUCAGAUGUAUACCUCACUGUGUAUGUUGUGCUAUAUAAUGUAACAUUUACAUGUGGUUGCUGGUUCAUCCUAGUGCAUAAACUCAUACACAAAACACACAUACAUACAUACGCUAUUGAUGGCAUGGGUAAGAAAUCAUUUCUAAAAUUUGUUGAACUUUAUUUAAUGAAUUUGUGAUGUUUCAAAACAAAUCAUGUAAUAAAUUUGGGUAUCAAA